CUUUCAAAAUGCAAUGCUCACAAUACUUUUGAUAUGCUUCUCAUCUGAUUUGUGUAAAUACAUUUGACCAACACUUAAUCCAACUGAUCUUAAUGGUUAAUCACUUAACCAUUUGAUGGGGUAACCACAAUUGGUCAUUAGAUAUAAGUGAGGGUCUGAACACUGGCAAUUUCUUUCAACAUGGACCAGGAUAGACAGCAAGGAAUUGGAAGAGCUCGUGGACGAGGGAUCCGUCAGAGAGGUGGGCAUGGGGCCCAUCAAAGGGUUGGUCAUCGGAGAGGGGGAGGCAGAACUGUUGUCUCUAAUGAAGUCCGGGCCAUCGUCGUUGAUCAUGUGGUGAACCGAGGCCUUACUAUGGCAGAAGCUGCCAGAUUAGUUGAGCCAAAUCUAAAAAGAUCAACUGUCAAUUCUAUCAUCCGAACCUUUCGCCAAGAAAACCGAAUUAACAGAAAACCCCAUAGUGGUGGUCGUGGCCGUGUGCUGACCGACCAGCAAGAGUUGGCAGUGGUGGAAAUGGUGAGGGCCAGGAAUGAUAUACGGCUGUCAGAAAUAAAGCAGGAAAUUGAGGAGAACAAUGACACCUUUGCCAAUGUGGCAUCCAUCAGCCUACCAACAGUAGCCCGCCUUUUAAAGCGGCACCAGGUAUCAAUGAAACACAUUUACCUGGUGCCUUUUGAGAGAAACAAUGACCGGGUGAAACAACUAAGGGCUGAGUAUGUUCAGAGGGUUAUGGUGCUUGACGCUGACGUAACAUUAUUGGCCAACGGGCCACUGUCCAAGUGCCUGGACAACGUGGAGGAAACGUCUCUAUGUGCGCAGCUAUCUCUGAAGAUGGUGUCCUAGGACGUAGGCCAUUACUUGGCUCCUAUAAUGCUGCACAUCUUAUUGAGUUUCUCAAUGAAAUUGAGCUGGCCUGUCAAGGUGAAGGGGUCACAUAUGUAAUUGUGUGGGACAAUGUCAGUUUUCACCACGCAGAGGUAGUUCAAGCAUGGUUUCAGACCCAUCCUCGAUUCAUGACCCUCUACCUGCCUCCAUACUCUCCUUUCCUCAACCCUAUUGAGGAAUUUUUUUCAGCAUGGAGGUGGAAGGUCUAUGAUCGC